AAGAAAGCUACAUGGCGCCUGCUCACUGCUCCGUCGAACUCCUCUCACUUUGAUGGCUGGGAUGAAGCUUCUCCUGCUCACCCUCUAUGAAUACUCUCCUCUCUUCCACAUCGUGGUGGUUUCUCUCUGUUUCCUCCUCACCGCCGCCAUCGUGCUGGGCUGGUUUGGCUUCGAUGUCCCAGUGAUGCUUCUCAGCUCUGAUGAGACGGAGCCAGUCACUCCAACCCCUGAGAGGCCGAUGGUACAGGAGACCAAUCCGUUUUCUCUGGCACUGGGCUCGGGGCCCGCAAGUGUCAGUGAUGGUGUGUCACUGAAACUGGGCUGUCUGGGGCCAUGUGUUCUUAGCUGUUUCUGGGGCUGUGAAGUCAGUGCUCUACAGCGGGCUCUACAUAACCAUCAACAAAACCUGAAGCUCACCUGUCCACAACACUUCCUUGAGGCCCUGCACCUACACUUCCACUACCAUCAAAUGUUCCGUAUCAGCAGAGGAGAUGAACACGAAUGUCACACUUGCAUCCCUCAUGACCAGAGUAUUACAGAUUUUGGGCCUCUGCCAAGGAAACACUAUCCCCUCGUGGCUGUACUGACUCUGGCAGAAACAGAGGCCAGGAACCUUUACAAUAUUGUGGCAAGUGUGAUCGUUAUUCACAUACCUGAUGACAUUUACAGACUUUCUGCACGAAUUCUCUUUCAAUAUCUUCUCACAUCACAAGGAGAUGUGCAUGAAUUAAAACCUCUCUUCAUGUCAGCUGAGACGUCUGGGCCUCCUGAUUUGGAGAGGAGCUGCCAGCCAGAAGAAACCCAGAUGGAGGGAGAUCCUUUGAGAGAAGAGACAGACUGGUCAGAGCAUAUUGGCAGGAACUGUGUAGUAUGUCAGAAUGCAGCAGUGAACAGGGUGCUUCUGCCCUGCAGGCAUGCCUGUGUGUGUGACAGCUGUAUGCUGCACUUUCAACACUGUCCCAUUUGCAGGGCCUUUGUCAUGGAGUCAUUUGCACUUAGAGCAACACGGACAUGAUGGCUGCUGGCUUGUCGAUAGGGGGCACUGGGGUGACAUCCAUGGGGGAAAAUGUGUAGAGUUAGUAGAUCACCACAACUAUUCUUUUAAAAUUCUAUGUGCACAAGGACAAUUUCUAAUUUGUCAGGAUUUCUGUUUCAGUUUUUGUUUAUUGGUGCUUCAUUUUUAUGUAGGUUUAGAAACAUGUUUUUAGUGAGCAUGUAUCUAUGUUUUAGUUCCUAAGCUUCCAUGUGUCUACCUGCUGGUUUUUGAUUGGCUACUCUUGUUCCAUUAUUUUAAUUUGAUUUUAAAUAUGUAUUAAAUAUUAUGAUGAAAAUAAUUAUGCAUUUCUCUAAAAGGAUGAAUAUUGGUAACACUGGUCUUUAGACGAUUGAACCAUUGAUCAAACCUUUGUUCAGUUCCAGCAGUCAAACCAGCAGCAGGUAGAGAAAAAUAAAAAAUUUGGUUCAGUUUAGAAUGUGGAAACUAAAAUGUGACACACAGCUUGUCAAAGUAGUAAGUGCUAGUGCUCAAAGACGAUUGUUAGCAUUCGUCCACCAUGUCACUGGUGGACAAACAGUAUUCCUUUGGAAAUCCUCAUCUUUUUUGCCCUUGGAUAAAGCCUUCCUAAAGCCAUUGUACAGAAUUAUGGCUUGGCAAUUGGCUUUCUUCUUUGAAGGUUCAUGUCCUCCAGCUGCCUAAAUCUAGACCGCUGGAACAUAGGACCACUAUUCAUCAUUUGGACAUGAUUUUCAAUUUUUUAUUUUAACUUCAAACUGUUUUUUUUUUUUUUUUCCUGCUGUGCUUAUCAAUGUAGCUUCAUCUGGCCUGGUUCUGUUUAUCUAUGACCCCAUCCUGGGCAGAAGCCUGAACAUCAUCUGUUAUAGAUGAUAGAGUCAUCUGCUUAACGGUCUCUUUCCUAGACGGACCCACCUGUGGAGCUAGUUUACCUACUUUAACAGAGUAUUUUUAGAUCAGUGCUUGUGUUCCUCUUGAAUGUCUGCUUCUGUCUCCUUGAACCUCAGUCGGCCUCAGCAGAUGGCCGCUCACACUAAGCCUGGUUCUGCUGGAGGUUACAGGCGGUGGCCCCCUCCUGACUGCUCCAGCCUCUGGGACAGGCGGUGGCCCCCU